ACAAAAAAAAACAACAAAAUACAAUCAUUUCUCACUUUGAUAAUACAAUCCAUUCGACGCUUCUUUUCUAUCGAUCAUGUCCCGUUAUCCACCGCUGGUCACCAAAAAAGAAAUCAUCUACCGGCGUUUUAUUGAUGAUCAUAAUGAACGUUUCGACAAUAUCGUGAGAAACCCUACAUCAUAUCCUCCAAGAGCUCCAAAACCAGAACGUCCGCAAAAUUUGGUUGUAAGUCACAACUAUCACUCUGACGUGGAAGCUGAGUACCAACUCUCAAAAAUCAACAAAAAGUUGGAUCGUAUUAUUGAAAUUCUUCGGAGCCCAUCGACCAAGAAAACUUCCCAAGAGCCUCCAAUCAUUGACGUCGCACGCCAGGAGCAAACACGUCAAUACAAGGAUAUUUGCGAUAGGCUCGACAAAUUGGAGGCUGAGUUAACUGGUAAAACUCAGUUUGUUGCGCCUCUCCAAAAUGAAAUUUCAUUAUUGACAAAUAAAGUUCACGAAUUGGCCCAAAUACAAGAGGGUUUAAGAGUGAAGCUAGUUUCGAGCAACAUUGCAGGAGAAGACAUCGAUGAACUUUUGAAAGUCAUCAAUGAGACCAGAAGAGAUAUGGAAGAGAAAAUUGGGAAUAUCAAGCAACUGAGUGACGGAAAUUACAUUCACCUGGAAGAUAAACUUGAUGGAUAUCUUCGCAACCAGCAUGGCAUUCAACUCCAGGUAGACCAUCUAAUGCAGCUUCUGACUCAUAGCUCUCGUCCGGCAUCUGCUAUUGGCUCAAGACCCGGUUCAGCUGCGGAAAAGAUGAGUAGUGUUUCCCGCUCAUCGUCAAAAAGUUCAAACUUGAAAGCCAACCUUGUCAUGCCAACUCGUCGUUCUCCACCACCGAAAACCCCAAGUGAAGCUAGCUACGCAUCGACUCGCCCAAAAACUGAGCGUUCGUCAUCUCACAAAUCGGCAAGCACGGUCACAUCAUCUGCAACUAUCACAACAUUGGACAGUGCCAAAAGAAAGCCUCUCGCAAAAAAUGCUUCACCAAAGCCACCAAGAAGUCCGGUGUUAGAAGUUUUGGAAAGAACAAAAAGUAUUGAAACUAUGAAUGAAAUUCACACUUCUCAAAAGCUCGACGAAUUGGCCAUCGAAACAUCAUCUUCUGGCAGUUACAUCGCUCCUCUACCCAUCAACGGACGUCGUGAUUCUCAACCAGCUAACAUUUUGCUAACGCAGAAAUAUUAGGAUAUUAAAUAAUGAUUGUUUUUUGCAAAUGCUUUGGGAUAUGGGGUAUUUCAAUCAAUUUUUCUAACCUCCGAUAACUUUAUUUUUUGUCGUCACAACUAUAUAUUGACGCAUGCUAGCUUCACAUUAUACACAUGAAUUGUCAUCAUUGCAUAGCUACCGUAAUAUUGAAUUCUAAUUUUAAAGCUAAUGAAGAAAAUCAAACGACGCGUUAAAUGAAA